UGAUUUGUAUGAUAAUUUCAGACACAUUAGAUCGUACUCUUGGAGACAAGAGGCAUGUUGUUACUGUGGAGCUCGCCGUCCAUGCUCUGAUGGAGUCUAGCACUUCCUGUGAUGUGACUUUUGAGGAGGAAGUAAAAACUCAGCUUUCUGCUGGUGUCAGAGAAGCUGUGGAAAAUGGAGUUGAGAGCGCAUACCUCCAAGGUCCUGUGCUGGGUUUUCCUGUAGAGGGAGUAAAGACCGUUAUCCAGCAUGUAAGUUUGGAGCCAGGCACUUCUGCAGCCAUGGUGUCAGCCUGCGUGUCCCGCUGCAUGCUCAAGGCUCUGAAGCUGGCUGGGGGGCAGGUUUUGGAGCCGGUGAUGGCUCUGGAAGUGACUGUAGGCGAAGAGUAUCUGAGUCCUGUGCUUGCAGAUCUCGCCCAGCGACGCGGUACUGUAUGCGACAUCCAAAGUCGACAGGAAAACAAGGUUUUGCUGGCUACAGUACCUUUGGCUGAGAUGAUGGGCUACUCAACCGUUCUGCGCACUUUGACCUCUGGGAACGCUACCUUUUCUCUGGCGCUUUCCAGCUAUGAGCCCAUGAACACUCAGGACCAGAAUAUACUGCUCAACAAGAUGGCUGGACUGGCUUAAAACAUUAACAUUCACCAACUGAACUGGGCAGUGUUUCCCAAAAGCAUCGAAAGCUUAAGUACACCGUAGACCCAU